UUUCUCCUCACACGCUUCGAAGCCUCGGCACAGAAACAACGUCGCUAGUUUUAGAGUGGAAAGAAAUCAACGUCAAGAUGGAGGAUCAGCGCAGACUGAUGGAUUUUACCCGGAUACCGAAGAUCAUCUUACACCGGAUAGAUCUCCGUCAGUGCUGGGCGUGUAAAGAGGACGGGGUUCUCAAUGAGCUCAGCAACCUGGAGGGCAACUCCACUUUAGAAGAGCAACCAGCACAUCAACAGUUCAAAGAGAAGCAACUCUGCAUCAGUCAGGAUGAAGAGCAGCUUGUGCUGAAACGGAAGACUGAUGACAUUUUGGUGAUUCCUUCUAAAAUGCACAGAAUCCGCAAUGAAACAGAACCACAGAGGAACCAACUCAUCUCUCAUGGCUCUUCUGAAGAUGAGAACCAGGAUGAGGAAGGAAGCGAUUCUGAGGACUCAGGAGAAAAGAGAAAUGAAAAACUGAAACGUCAGAGAUAUCAGAAAACGAAACAGCAAAAAGGUAAAACUGAGAGUUCAAAACAAAAAACACACAAGGAAGGUCGUCCAGACCAAAAACAAUAUUCUUGUGAAAUCUGUGAUGAAGCCUUUUCUCAAAGCAGUUCCUUGAUUAUACACAUGAGAACUCACAUGGACAAGAAGCCUUUCACAUGUUCAGCUUGUGAAAAAAGUUUCAGAUACAAGUCUGAGUUACUUCGUCACAUGAGAAUUCACACAGGUGAGAAGCCUUUCUCAUGUGAGACCUGCGGAAAAAGCUUCCAAAGCAAAUCUAAUUUGCACAGUCACAUGAUGGUUCACACAGGUGAGAAACCUUUCUCGUGUGAGACCUGUGAAAAAAGCUUCCAAAGAAAAUCUUAUUUGCUCCAUCACAUGAGAAUUCACACAGGUGAGAAGCCUUUCUCAUGUGUGAACUGUGGAAAAAGCUUCAAAUUCAAAUCAAAUUUGCUUCAUCAGAUGAGAAGUUACACAGGUGAGAAGCCUUUCUCAUGUGUGAACUGUGGAACAUGCUUCAAAUUCAAAUCAAAUUUGCUUAGUCACAUGAGAAUUCACACAGGAGAGAAGCCUUUCUCAUGUGAGACAUGUGGAAAAAGCUUCCAAAGAAAAUCUUCUUUGCACAGUCACAUGAUGGUUCACACAGGUGAGAAACCUUUCUCGUGUGAGACCUGUGGAACAAGCUUCCAAAGAAAAUCUUCUUUGCACAGUCACAUGAUGGUUCACACAAGUGAGAAACCUUUCUCGUGUGAGACCUGUGGAACAAGCUUCCAAAGAAAAUCUUAUUUGCUCCAUCACAUGAGAAUUCACACAGGUGAGAAGCCUUUCUCAUGUGUGAACUGUGGAAAAAACUUCAAAUUCAAAUCAAAUUUGCUUCGUCACAUGAGAAGUCACACAGGUGAGAAGCCUUUCUCAUGUGUGAACUGUGGAACAUGCUUCAAAUUCAAAUCAGGUUUGCGUAGUCACAUGAGAAUUCACACAGGAGAGAAGCCUUUCUCAUGUGUGACAUGUGGAAAAUGUUUCAUAGCCAAAGCUCAGUUAGUUUGUCACAUGAGAAUUCACACCGGUGAGAGGCCUUUCUCAUGUCGGGAUUGUGAAAAAAGGUUUAGCAUUAAAUCAUGUUUAACUUCUCACAUGAGGACUCAUACAGAUGUGAGGCCUUUAUUAUGUGGGACUUGUGGAAAACGUUUCCGUUGGCAAACCAAUUUAACUGAUCACAUGAGGACUCAUACAGGAGGAAUGGCAUAAUCUGACCCUCAAAUAUCAAGACACUGAAUAGCUCCGUCCGUCCAUCCAUCCAUCCAUCCAUCCAUCCAUCCAUCCAUCCAUCCAUCGUCUGUUCAAUCACAGCUGGGUAAAAUUUCUAUAAUGUAGCAGCUUGGAGAAGAAAAGCAUCUAAUGUUUAUCUAAAACACAAGACUUUCACUUCAUUCUGUCAGUUUUAUCUUUUCAUUUAAAAUGGUUUUUAAGUGAAAUAUUAAGUCUUACGACGUUAUGCAUGCAUUUUUAAUGGUUUUUUUUUUUGGUUUUGUCUAGUGAGAUAUUAAGUCUGUCUCUUGAAGUAAUGGAUUUGAAUUCUUUCAGAUUUAGAUUUGUAAAUCUGUUGGAGUCAUUGUACGUCUAUUCUUUGUACUUUGUUUUUGCAAGAGCUUGGUCUCUUUAUGAAGAAGACAAGCUAAAUGUUCUAUUUUUGCUGUCAGAAUUACUUGAACUGUAAGUAGUUUGUAGCUAUUACGUUUGUAACAAAAACAUUUUGAAAAAUUUCGGUUCACUCAGGUUUUUAAUUUUUAUUUCUUGUAAAUGCAAAUUGAGUGUUGAAUGUGUGGACUGGGAAAUACAGUAAAUCUGUACAAUA